ACGACAAUUACAUUUCAUUGUGCUGAAUAAAAUCCUACGAGGUUGGGGCUAUAUAGGACUAUGAUAACUUCAUAUCUGCUACUGGAUAGGUAGCUAUAGGCAACUGUACACAGAAAUGACUUGGGCUGGAACUGGGGGCAUGUUGGCAGCUGCUUCAUUGGGAUCUUAUACGGGACAACUAGGGACACUUGGGAUUAGUUGUGGCACUAUAUACUUGAUAUCAUUCUACUGAUCGGGCAUAUACAGGGUU